AUGAGCGACCAUUUGUGGUCAACGUUUAUCCUGUAUCUCCAGGACCCCAAGGUGACACCUUUCCGGAUGGGCAAGAGCUGCCUCCCACCUGACGGUGUCUGCCUUCGCGUGGCGCGCGAAGCAAAGAGAAGUUGGAAGGGCGCCAAAGCUUUGACGAAGAAGACCAACGUGAGCGAUGGAAGGAAGAGUGGCAGCACUACACCCACCGCCGAGAACAGCAGCACAUUUAUCCAGUGGCCUCACACUUGCGCCGCGACCCGAGUUCACCUGCGGGAGCUGUGCAGACAGAAAGCUGCGGCGGGCGCGAAGAACCCACGCUUCCUCCCUCGCAGCACGACCCCUUUUGCGCAAGCUGCUGCGCGUCACUCCAACAUGCGCCCGGCGCUGGCGCAUGAGCCUCUUCAAUUCGCGACCCAGGACAUGUCUCUGUCUCUUGCCUUGAGCACAGCAGAAAGCAUGCAACCAACUGGUCCCCUGGCGCAACUCACGGGCUCAACCCCUGAGCCUGUGGAGGAGGAGCAAUCUAAUGCUACUGAGCCCUUCCCACUGGCACCGGCUUUUGACAUGCCGAUUAUCAGCCCAAAUAUCGAGACUUUCGAGGGCGGGCCUGGUUUCGCCGAGUGCCAACGUUUGGGAUCCCCCUUUGGCGCGAAGAGCUAUGGACCCAGCUCCUCGGGAUCGCUUGCCACCGUGCUUGGCUUGAGUGGACCAAUGCCUCGCAGACAGAGCCAGACACUUGGCUCUCGCCGCACACUCCAGUCACCAGUACGGAUGAGCAGGUCGGGUACUCAAAAGCGACGUCACACCCAAUCCAGCGUUCCUCGCGUACGACCUAGCAUCGGCGCUGAUCUGUGGCUCGACCCCAACUUCAGCAUGAACUCCACGGGCGACGCUCGUGCCGACCGGGAAUUCUGUUCCACAGCGUCGAGCCACCACGAUGAGCUGUUCAUCCCAAGGAUACCUCCGGUACCUACCCUGAGCUCGUCCACUAGCAUGCCCAACGUGGGAGGCCAGUUGUUGGAACCUCCAGCUCUCCAGCCUCCCCGUCUUGGCUCUCCAUUCAAGGGUCACCGAGCGACCCGCUCGAGCUUCAGCUUCCCCAGCAGAAUGCACCGGGCGCAAAGCGGCAGUGUCGACCUCGGCAUGCUUGGGCGACCAUUUGCCACUAUCCAACAGCCCUCGGCCGAGUCGAGUACCUCUCCCGUACGAUCCAAUCUUGCCGGCCGCCUGGCUUACCUUGACCAGCGCCUCAAGGAGAUUCGGCAGAGGGAAGCGAACCGUCGAUCUCAGUCACCGUUGUAG